UGCUUUUCGAUUUGUUGGUGUUUUUGUUUUCAUGAUUUUUUCUUGUCUUUUUUUGGUUUUUGGCCAAGUCCAAGUUUAACAGCGCUCGACGCGCCAGAAUCAAGUUCAGUUGCGCCGCAAACGCGUCGCGGAAAUGUUUCGCUGCUGCUGCUGCAAACCGUCCCAAAGAAAUCGAAAUUGAAAUUUCAGUUGAAAUGAAUUAAACGAACGCGCCGCCGUCCUGCAAUUGAAAGAAUUCCUACCAAAAUUCCCGCAUCCUUGUCAACCGUUAGCAAAAAAAAAACCGAUACAGCGAAACGGGAAACUAACCCGUUAAAUAUUUCACUUUUUCCCCUACCGUUCUCAGUUGGCGCCAUGAGGGAACCGCUGCCCGUGGCGGUGGUGACGGUGGUGCUGCUCCUGUGGUUCGGCUCGGCGGUGCCACCCACUUCUGGAUCCGCGGUGCUCAUCUCCGACAUGACCAUGAGCGUUAUGGUGGAGCUAUCCUCCCGCCAUCCCUUCUGCAAGAUGCACACAGAUCGCGGCGAUAUCCAGCGGAUGUUGCUGCAGUCGGAUCCGCGUCGCAUCCGCCAGGUGCCGCGCGAGUCGGUGAUGGAGCUGGAGGAGGUGUGCCGCCGGCAGGGAUCCUACGGCCACGAGUUCCGCGGCGGCCUGGGCUUCAUCUAUCCGGGUACCAAGUGGUGUGGUCCGGGCACGGCGGCCACCAGCUACGACGACCUGGGCGCCCAUGCUCGCGAGGAUCGCUGCUGUCGGGAGCACGACAUGUGUCCGGAUGUCCUCAAUGUGGGCGAGUGCCGGCGGGGACUGUGCAAUCGGGGGACCUUCACCAGGAGCCACUGCGACUGCGAUGCUCGAUUCCGGCGCUGCCUGCAGGCGGCCAACACGGAGACGGCCAACACGCUGGGCGCCAUAUUCUACAAUGUGGUGCAGGUGACCUGCUUCCAGGAGCGGAGUCCCUGCUCGGCGCACCAGAGGUUCGAGGACUUCUACUACCGCACCGACCACUGCCCGGCGGAGUUCCGGCAGGCGGAUCUCUACGUGCCGCCGCACGGGGACAAUCUGAUAGCCAAGAUCCUGGCCCAUCCGCAGGGUCGGGCCCUGGCCGCUCCCGCCUGGUCCGCGCCCGCCAAGUCGACGGCCCGCCGCUGGGGCGUCAAGUUGGCCAGCGUCGGCCUGGCGGCGGUCAAUAUCCUGCGCGAGGUGGUGCAGCGACCCCGGCUCCUGUGGGACAGCCUGCAGGCGCCGGUCAGCCGGGAGCUCCCACCUGCCGCUGGGUAUCGGCAGCAGGGCUAUCGCUACGAGCGACCCGGGCCCUCGUCCUACGGAUAUGGUGGAUACGGCUACGGGGGCUUCGAUUCCACUUGGAGCUAA